AUGUGGCAAUUGCGCGUAGACGGAGCGUCGAACCAAAAAGGAGCGGGAGCAGACGUCGUCAUCAUCACCCCAGAUGGGACCCUAUUGGAGCAGGCCAUCAGGCUUGGUUUCCCAACCUCAAACAACGAGGCAGAAUAUGAGGCAUUGCUCGCUGGCCUGCGCUUGGCAAAGGAGCUAGCGAUCAAGAAGCUAGCCAUCUACUCAGAUUCCCAGUUGAUCACGAAUCAAGCCUCAGGUGAAUACAUGGCAAAGCACCCAAGGAUGAUCUUGUAUCUUGACAAAGUCCAAGAGCUAUUGAAGGCGUUUCCUACCUUCACCAUCCAACAGGUGCCUCGAGCAGAGAACGCCCAUGCAGAUGCCCUGGCAAGCCUAGGGUCCGCGCUAGAUACCCAAUUCAGACGCUCCAUCCCGGUUGAACACCUAGACCGACCAAGCAUUGAAGAAAUAGAGCCAAUCGACGCAAUGCAGAUUGACGAGGACCCCAGCUGGCAAGGCCCCAUCAUCGACUACCUGAUGAAUAGAAAUCUACCAACAGAAAAGUCCGAAGCUAGAAAAGUCCAGCAGAAAGCCGCGAGAUACUACAUGCACGGCAACAAGCUCAUCCGUAGAUCAUACUUCGGCCCUCAUCUCACCUGCAUAAAAUACUCUCAAACACUUGAGGUUCUCUGGAAAAUUCACAACGACGAGUGUGACAACUUCUCUGGGGGCAUAUCACUCACCUAG